AUGACUACGACCGCACUUCCAGACGGCCCCGAGCCAUCCACAUCAAGCGCACCGACACCCUCCAAGCAGAACGAACCAGCGCAAUCCGAACCCGCCUCCACAGCAGCCACCGCAACAGCACCCUCGUCCUCUCCAGUUCACACAACCGCGCAAGCCCAGCCCGGCAGCGUCCCAUCCAUACCCGCGCCAACCGCAGCACCCAUCCCGUCAUCAAGCGAUACCUCUCCCCUCCCAACCCCAACACAGCCCAUCAACACCCCCGCCACAAGCACCAGCACCAGCACCUCGCCGCCACCACCCCAGCCCGGCGCACGACCCCAGCCAGCACCCCACGCGGCGCGGGCUGCGACUGCCAUGGCCACGGGGGUGGAGCAGCACCCUGCGGCUCCGAGGGCAGGCGCCGUCCCUGUGCCCCACAAUCACCAACAGGCUCAGCUGCAAACGCGAGCACCAGCUCAGCCCUCAGGGCAUGCAUAUGCGUAUCCCGCCUCAAUUCCCCCAGCGGGGACACAUGCGCCGCCGAACUCCACGACCACUCCCUACGGCUCUGUCUACCAGCCUCCUGCUGGGGCGGGCGGCGCUGGGUCGGCGCAGCUGCCGCUGUACAAUGACCAGGGGCUUGAUGGGGGUGGAAGUGGAAGUGGAGAUGGAGGUGGGAUGGGCGGGUGGAUGGAGAGUGCGAGGGGGUGGGUGGCUACGGCGGGGAAUAAGUUGGCGGAGGUGGAGGCGGAGGUGUGGAGGAGGAUUAAUGAGGCGCAUGAUCGAUGA